CCCCGCCGCCGCCGCCCCUGAGGCCGCUUCCGUCGCGCCGGGCGGGCGGGCGAUGGCGGCGCAGUUCCGCAGCUACGUGUGGGACCCGGCGCUGAUCGUGGCGCAGAUGGUGCUGCUGCAGGCCGCCUACUACAGCUCGCUCGGGCUCUGGCUCGCCCUCCUCGGCGCCCUCGGCAGCACCGGGCCCUCCCUCCACCAGAUCUUCAGCGACGAGAUUUUAGGCUUCUCGACACCGCCUGGGAGGCUCUCCAUGAUGGCUUUCGUCCUCAAUGCACUCACCUGUGCUCUGGGCUUGCUGUACUUUAUCCGACGAGGAAAACAGUGCUUGGAUUUCACAGUCACAGUUCAUUUCUUCCAUCUCUUGGGCUGCUGGAUUUAUAACUCGCACUUUCCCUCAACUCUGACAUGGUGGCUGGUGCACAUUGUGUGCACAGCACUGAUGGCUGCAAUUGGGGAGUACCUCUGCAUGAGGAUAGAACUUAGGGAAAUCCCACUGAAUUCUGCUCCCAAAUCCAAUGUAUAACAUGCUAUGGCAACAACAUGCUGCAUUGCAUCAUUGCUCCCAGCACAAGUACAUCUAAUGCCUGAAAGUCAUCACUGAAGAAGCACAGCAGGUCUGUUGAGACUUUUUUUUUCUUUUAAAGACUGCGUGAGUGUGAGCAUCUCCUUUGUCAUCACCAGACAACAGAGGAGGAGAAGAUGUUUAUUUUAUUAACACUAAGCAUUUAAUGACUGUAUGGCAAGCGUGCUCUUAAACUGUUCACUCUUAAGACUGUUAAAAGCCAGGUAGCAAAACUUCACAAGGAGGAGCAUCUGGAAUUUAAUAAAUGUGAAAGGUCCCUGUGUGGGUAUUGCAAUGGUCAGCUUGUUUUGCAGGAGCUGGCACUAUGAGCAGCAGGGCUGGGAGCUGCUGCAUCUGGGUUGACACUUGUUUGCGCUUCAGUUGGGAAAGAAGUCAAGGAAGUGAACGAACAGGGUAAGAAAGAAAAUAGUUGUAAUUACCUGAAUCACCAGCUGAGACCCUAAAAGCCUUGUAAUGUUAGAUGGGGUUGUUUGCUCUUUCCGUGUUUAAUACAUAGAGAUGUCAGACAGCAGUUUGCUGAAGAAAUCUUUUGUAAUAAUAAAAGUAUUAUGUUGCUGUGAGCGUG